AAUCCUGAACAUUUUCUUUUAACAUAUGUAUUAUUUCAAAUAUCCGUAGAUUGCUCAGAAUUUAACAUUGUUUGCAAUUUUGUUUUAAUUUUGUAAUAUUUUAUUGUUUAGAGCUUUUAUCAAGAUCAAUUUAUUCCCUCCUCUGUACGCGAAGUCGCGAACCACCAUUGCGUGCGACGGAGGGCAAACCAACCGGCAAAUGAAUUCUCCUGUCGAAUUCAAUGCUCUGGAUACUGAAACUUUGGAUACAGAAGUUCUAGAUAUAUUGAGUGCAGAUCCUGUUUGGAAGCACUUAGCAACAAGCAUGCUCUGUACAGAGGAUGAGAAACUUAUGAAAGAUGAUAUAUGCUUGAGCAAUAUGCUCCGUCACAGGAAAUCAUAUUUGAGCUUUCAUGACCUGGACUAUGCUGAAAAGAUUAAGAAAUUGCAGUGUUUUCUUGACUCGGUGAAAAAGAUUGCAAGUCCAGGUUGUUCACAGGAAGUGCUGAAUGUUGCUUUGAGUUUGAUGUCUACUCUUGUUAGAAUCCUCUCAGCUAUGUCUCUGGAACAAUAUCCGCGUGCUUCCCUUUGAACAAACUGGGCAUUGCCAAAGAAAAGCAAUUAUGUAAAACAUUAGUAUCUAUAACUACAUUUUCAGUUUGUACUUGGCUGCAGGAAAGCAUCGGCAAAUCAUGAAAUUUUGCCAAUUAGGCACUUUGGCUCA